UACAAUCUUGUACCCUCAGCUCCUAGCAUAAUGCUUAGCAUAAAUGUUUAAUUAAUAUUUAACAUGGACAAUAAUGGUGAUGAUAGGGGAAGAUGAAUUUUUCUUCUGGACAUAUGGGUUUCCCAGGCCUUGUGUGAUUUAAAGAACCUGCUAACACCAUUUAAAAACAAAAACAAAAAACGCUCAAAUGAUUAGGAAAAACUGCAGCUUCCAGCAAUGUUGCAUUAUUUUCCAGAAAUGAGCACCACAAUUCUUUUGUACCUUCACAGUUUGUACUUUAUUGUGGUAAGUGGCACUUUAAAGGAAAGAAAAUAGUAUUUUAUAUUCAUUAUGUCUUUUAUCUUUGAACCUCAGAAGUCUCUAAAAGCAUUUAUUGUUACUGUACAACCAUGCUGUAAAUGUUAUUAUGCCCUUCACACAAAAAAGCUGACAGAGAAGAGUUGUAAGACAUUUGGUCAAAAUCAUAGCCAUUAUAAGAAAGCCACAUUAAGAAACUCUGGAAGGGUCGGGUGGUGGACUGCUAAUAACUCAGCAUUUCCCAGACAUCCAGUUAUGCAACUUGAAAGGUGAGUACUCCAUGAAAAGAGGAGGCAGAGAUGAGAGGAAAUUGAGGAUUAUUUUUAUUCUGGAGAAUGAAUUUCCCUUCCCUCUGUACUUCCGCUGUUGUUGCUCUAUGUAACUUAUGACGCUUGCACUAGUAUUACUGGUAAACGCUCACCAUCCUCCUUAACCACUUUAUGUAUUUUCGAUUCCUCUUGUUUUCCCUACCUUCUAAUUCACUGCAGUAACAAAGCAAAAAGAACUGCCAGCUGAGGAGUUCUGAAGAGUUUGAAACCCUAGUUCCAUCACUCGCGAACGCUUGCUCUUAGAAAAUUCGGUUUACUUUUCAGUUUCCUCUUUCAUGUGUAAAAUGGGAAUGGACCACACCUACUUACCUCACAGGAUGGUUGAAGUGGUAGAAAGCAACUUGUCAACUGUAAAACUAAAUGGAUACAGGUUGUUCCUUUCCUAUGUCACUCCUUUUUAAAAUUCACUUAAUGGCAGGACCACAAGGCACAGCAUAACCAACAGGCACAGGGCUCGUCGGUAGGGAACAGCCUUGAGGCAGAGCUUUCUCUUCUGAAAAGGAGGGCGCUGGCUGUUGAGAGUCCUCUACUCGGCGGUCUCUUCAGGAUCCAGGGAAAGAAAAGAACUACAACUCCCGUGAGACCGCGCGCAGGCACUCCGGCCUCCCCCAGCCUACCCUACCCGACCGGCGCGUGCCCUAGAACGAAGCCGGGGGCCUGGAGCGCGCGCCGGACGUCCGUAGAGAGCCGGUCUUGAGGCGGGCGCUCGUGGCGGCCGUGCCGGCAGAGGGAGGAAAGGAGACGCAUGGGAGUGAGGGGAUGAUAACGAGGCUAAGACGCCUGGCGAAAGGCAAAUUAAGCAAAUAAAGAGAGCGGUGCACCAUUUCCACGCCACCACAGCGGACUGUACACGGGCGGCGCUGUGGAGGCGGCGGGAGCGCGCUCCGGGCUCGCGCCUCAAGCCUCAGGGAAUCAAAUUGGCCGGGGCGGGAAGGGCGGGGCCGCGGCGCUGGGGCGGGGCCUGGGGCGGUGAGGGCGGCGGCGGCGGCGGCGGCUGCCGCGACCCAGACAUCUGGGACUGUUGUUCUCUCGCCGCACGCCAGUUCCAGUCAGUGUGCCCAGAGACCCGGACCUGGCCCACUCGUGAGCGGGCAGCCGUCUCCGCCUUCUCUCCCAGUUCCCUAAAGCCUCGGCGGAAGCUGGCACUAAGUCCCUGCGGCUGGUGUCCGAUGCCCUUCAGUGAGGAGGGGGCGUCCCGACCCUGGUGAUCGCAGCCAGGCGCCCCAACGCGGAGUCUUCGUCGGCCCCUCAGGCCCGCACACUCGUCUGCCUGCCAUGGCUGAAAACGCAGAGGGAGACCUGAACUCCAACCUGCUCCACGCCCCCUACCGCACCGGGGACCCUCAGCUAGACACGGCCGUCGGGCAGUGGCUCCGCUGGGACAAGAAUCCCAAAACAAAAGAGCAGAUUGAAAAUCUGUUACGGAAUGGGAUGAAUAAGGAGUUGAGAGAUCGCCUUUGUUGCCGAAUGACUUUUGGGACUGCAGGACUUCGUUCUGCCAUGGGAGCAGGAUUUUGCUAUAUUAAUGAUCUUACAGUAAUACAGUCAACACAGGGGAUGUACAAAUACCUUGAGAGAUGUUUCUCAGACUUUAAGCAGAGAGGCCUUGUUGUCGGGUAUGACACUCGUGGUCAAGUAACCAGCAGUUGUAGCAGCCAGAGGCUUGCUAAACUCACAGCUGCAGUCUUACUGGCUAAAGAUGUUCCUGUGUACCUUUUUUCAAGAUAUGUUCCUACACCGUUUGUACCAUAUGCAGUCCAAGAGCUCAAAGCAGUAGCAGGCGUGAUGAUUACUGCAUCUCACAACCCCAAGGAAGACAAUGGAUACAAGGUUUAUUGGGAGACUGGGGCUCAGAUCACAUCUCCUCAUGAUAAAGAAAUUUUGAAAUGUAUAGAAGAAUGCGUGGAACCCUGGAAUGGUUCCUGGAAUGAUAAUUUAGUGGACACCAGUCCAUUGAAGAGAGAUCCUCUGCAGGACAUUUGCAAGAGAUACAUGGAAGAUCUGAAAAAGAUCUGUUUUUACAGGGAAUUAAACUCAAAGACUCCCUUGAAAUUUGUGCAUACAUCCUUUCACGGGGUUGGACAUGACUACGUGCAGUUGGCUUUUCAAGCAUUUGGUUUUAAGCCUCCAAUUCCAGUACCAGAGCAAAAAGAUCCUGAUCCAGACUUUUCUACUGUUAAAUGCCCAAAUCCUGAAGAAGGAGAAUCUGUGCUGGAACUUUCUCUGAGACUGGCAGAAAGAGAAGAUGCACGGGUAGUUCUUGCCACAGAUCCUGAUGCAGACCGACUGGCAGUGGCAGAACUUCAAGAGAAUGGUCACUGGAAAGUUUUCACAGGGAAUGAGCUGGCAGCUUUGUUUGGAUGGUGGAUGUUUGAUUGCUGGAAAAAAAGUAAAUCAACAACUGCUGAUGUGAAGAAUGUUUAUAUGUUAGCCACCACUGUCUCUUCUAAAAUUUUGAAGGCAAUUGCACUUGAAGAAGGAUUUCAUUUUGAAGAAACAUUACCAGGUUUUAAAUGGAUUGGAAGUAGGAUAAAAAACCUCCUGGAAAAUGGGAAAGAGGUCCUGUUUGCAUUCGAAGAGUCUAUUGGUUUUCUGUGUGGAACUUCAGUGUUGGACAAAGACGGAGUGAGUGCAGCUGUUGUUGUUGCUGAGAUGGCAUCUUAUCUGGAAACCAUGAAUGUAACGCUGAAUGAGCAACUGAUGAAGGUUUAUGAAAAAUAUGGUUACCAUAUGUCAAAAACUUCAUAUUUCUUAUGUUAUGAUCCACCCACGAUCAAAAAUAUAUUUGAAAGGCUUCGCAAUUUUGGUUCUCCAAAGGAAUAUCCAAAAUUUUGUGAAGCAUUUGCUAUACUGCAUAUACGGGAUGUUACCACUGGAUAUGACACCAGCCAGCCUAAUAAGAAAUCAGUGCUGCCUGUGAGUAAAAAUAGCCAAAUGAUUACAUUUACUUUUCAAAAUGGUUGUGUUGCUACUCUUCGGACAAGUGGGACAGAACCAAAGAUAAAGUAUUAUGCAGAGAUGUGUGCACCACCUGACCAAAGUGACAUUGCCCUUCUGGAAGAAGAAUUAAAGAAACUCAUUGAAGCUCUGAUAGAGAAUUUUCUAGAGCCCAGCAAGAAUGGACUGACCUGGCGUUCUGUGUAGGGCUCAUCAGUGCAUUAUGACUUUGUCCUGGCACAUGGAGCAGAACCACCAAGGAUUCCAUCCACUGAACCUCCUGUUAGCAUUCUCUGUCUCAUUUGGCCAAGUAUCUUUUUCCUUUCCUCUUCUCUCCUUUUUCUCUUUUCUUUUUGUUCAGCUGACUAAAGAAACUAUAUAAAUUUGAAAUGUAAAUGGAGGGAAUGAUUCAGAUUUUUUAAUACUCUUGAAAGUCAUUACAUUAAAAGUGUUCUGGUAACACAUCAUUCUUCCUUUAACACAGACAUAACAACAACAAAAGUGAAUUGUCUUACUGAAGUGUGGUGGAUUAAGCUUAGUAAUCCGUAUCUUGUACUUGUGUAUAGCAUGGUUUUUUAAAAAGGCAAAUAAAUGUGAUAUAAUUAUAGGAUUAGUUAAGGAAAUGAAUCCAUAAAAAUGGAAAGAAAAGGUAAUGUUUUACAUCAUUAUGGAAAAGUGUCAGUUAUAUCAUAGGUAUUGAUUUACAAAUUAAAGUAUUUGUAAUAGGGUAUUUAGCAUUUCUAGUUUAGUACAGAUGUUACAAUAUGUGGUUUCGUAUCUGUUUCUGGUGCCCCUGGUGCAAUGUAAAUUUACUUUAUGUAUUUAAAACUCUGACAUUUACUGAACAGAAAACAAUAGUGGCAACACUCUUAGUGACUUUGUUCUUGUCAGAUUUCUUAGUGCCUUCUCAAGUCUGGUGUGAACUUAAACAGUGUUCUUACAUUGGUACAAUUUUAUCAAUUUCCAGAUAGUUACAGAAAAUCUUCCAAACUGUACAAGUGCUUCCUCUGUAUCAAGUGAGUUUGUUGAUUUUAAAAUACUAUGCUUAUAAAAAAAUGAUCUGAAUAAAAGCAGGUUUAAUGUAACGAUAGUUAAAUAUCUUCAGGUUAGGUUUGUGUCAGUUAUCCUAACCUUUAUAUAAAGAAAAAAAUCUGAAUUAGUAAGUGAGCUCUGAACUUAUUUGACAGUCCUAACUUUGGACUAACAUUUUUGAGAGCACAUUUAUUCCUUUAUCUGAUGAAGUAAUUUUAAUGAAGCAUCCAGAUUUUAAAUACUAAGAAACACUAAAACUACUGUUUUAAGUCUAAGGCCCAAGUUAUUCUAACAUUUUGCUGGCUUCUGUAGAAUUUCUAAUCGCAUAAGUAUUCUUUAUCUGUUUUUAAUAUGGAAAAAAAUGUUUAGGAAACUCACUUUUGGUUGAUUUUAUAGUCUUUUUAAAAGAUUUAACAAUAAACUGCUGUUUAAUCUUUGUAAAGUCUAUCUUCGCCUGUCCAGUCUGCAAAAUACACAUGUAUAACUAUGGGUAACAAAAACAAGGUCUUGGGUGUAAGCACCUAAACAAUUUUCCCAUAGGAACAGUACUGGUAUUGGCGAAUUUGUUUCCUUAAAAAUUAGUAAUAGUAGUGUAAAGUCUGAAUGGAUUAGGAUGUUGAUUAAAUCACAGUUUGAUUUGUUUUAGCUAUCAGGUGACUUUGCUUGACUGCAUAUAAUUUAAACAUAAUUUUCAAAUUAUUGCAUUGCCACUAUUGUUAAUUUGUUCUUUCCUUUAGAUCUUGUAUGAUUGCAGAUAAUAGCUAGCUAAAUAUAGAGCACCAUUCUUUCCUGAAUGAAUUUGUUUUCAGAAGUUUUGCACUGGAGAAGAAAUGUGUAGAAUGUUUUGUUUUAUUUAAAAAUGUGUAAAAUACUUUCUGUUUUGUUAGCUCUUAGGAAUGUAGACUGUAAUAUAGGAAAAGGCAUUUAUUCUACAAAGUGGUAAGAACAAUGUUAUAUAUGUAUAAAGAACAUUGUAUUUCAUUUUAGUGUCUGUGUUUCUGUGACCAAAGAACAAAAUGAGGCUAACUACACAGUAGCCUAUUCAUAAUCACUAAAACCGUGUCGUGAUUGUCAUUCUCUUAUGAGGAGAACAGUUUUAUUUGAGUGCUUUAAUAUAAUGCAACAUGGAAACCAUCUUAAGUUGAAGAGUCUUUGAAGUUUGGAUUCUUCUCUAGAAAAUAUUAAAGUCUAAAGUUGAAAUUAACAAAAUUUUAUAAAGGCUUCUGAAGUAUAUAGAUUGAGAACACUAUUUGAUUCUACCCAAACUCUUGAGUCUAUCCAAGCAUGAUAUUUAACGUGAACCUGACAGAGUGGAUACACACUGCUAUUCGUAUAAUUCAUUGACAGCCCCUCAGGCAGAGUGCUGACCUAUGGAUCUCAGUUGCAGGCACUGUAUUGUUCAUCUUUUUCUUUUUGAACAGUCUCAGAAAUGUGUGCUUUUUCAUUGAACAUGUAAAUAAAAACUUUUCCACAGGGGAAAAGAAAAGAAUGGAGCAAGAGCAAAGCAUAAAUUGCAGGUAAAUAGUAAAAAUAGACAAUGUAAAGGCCAAUAAGACAGCACAAAAAAAUAUUUCUUGUGAAGAACAAACCUAGCACCACAAUAAUAGGGAAUAAACUGUGGGCAAGGUUGUUUACUUGUGUUUAUUUCUUGCUAUAAUGAGCAGACAGUGAACCUAUCAUUUUCUUUUAUUAGAGAUCACUAAAAACAACCCAGUUUUAGGAAGUGAAAUAAGUGUUUCUAUUACAGAUUAAAUUGCCGCUAGGAUGUUGUCCCUUGUAUUCAGAAUCAUGUGAGAACUCAGGAGGAGAGUAAGCAGAAAUUAAAAGGAAUAAAAUAUAGAUUAGAAAACAAAGACCUGAGAAAAAUUGAAAGAGUUAUGAUCAUUAACUCUAGAAAGGAGAAAGCUGUUGAGAUCAUUUACCAAGUCAUAAGUUACUCACUGAGGCUUUAAUUGAAGGACUCAAGUACAAAUGCCAUACUGCUUCCCCUUUUCUAGGGAGGAGGACAGAUCAGAGGGAAAAGGGAUUUUUUAAGAAGGCAGCAUGAAAUGUUUAAGAUUUAAGAACUUCUUGAGCAGAGUUUCUCAUAAAGUCUCCCAUUUGAAAUUUUUUGUUUAAGGGAAUAAAAAUUUUUUAAUGUUAAAGGAUAUACUAAAUGGCUUCCUAAAAGAUCUUUACUUGCAACACAUUUUUUUUUUUAAAUUUAGAUUGGAACAAAAACAUCAUGUUGUAAAAAACACUGAUAGUAAUAUUUGUAUUUCAUUCCUUAGCUAUAGAAAUUUGGCAGGGUCAGGGAUAUAACUCAAUGGCACAAGUGCCUGCCUGGCAAGCACAAGGUCCUAAGUUUGAUUCCCAGUGCCCAACAAAAAAAAAAAGAAUUUAGCUCACAAAAUAAUUUUUGUAUAUUUUGAGUAGUAGAUGCAUGAGUGCAAUAAAUAAAGACCUGCUUGGAUGUUAUUUUUUAGUUGACCUUGAGAAUUAAGUAAGACUUGAACACAGUUCAGUUCCUCUUAAAGAAUGUAUAGCAUUAUAGGAUAUUUGAGGGAUUUGUUUUAAAUGUAAAGUAUUGUUAUUUGGAUAUAGUAACUUCAGCAAAGAGGUUCUCAGAGAUUGUAUACUUCAUGAUAUCUGCAUACUGAUAUAACAGACAUGUUAACAGGAAUCUAAAGGAGAAAUUGUUCUAUGAACUGCUGCUAUUGAUAUUUUUUCCAGGCGUUUUGCACUGUUUGUAAUGCUUGAAAAAAACCAAAUUCUGCUUAGAUACAUUUAAUUUUUCUCUCUACCUUCCUGUUUCCUUAGGCACUCUUCUACAAUUUUUAACUGUGAAAAACUACUACCCUGUUAUCUCACUGAUAAGAAGUCUUAACUAUAUUCAUUCAAAAAUGCUUUAAACUUACUUCUAAACUGCUUGUUUAUGGACUUUUUAUUAUUGUCAGAAUAUUUAAAACUUCUUGUAAGAAGUAAUUUUAAAUCUGUUUCAUAAUCUGUUUUUGGUCUGUCUGAUACUGUUUAUGUGAAUUUAAUGUAGCCCUGUAAGUUCACUUGUUUUCUGAACUUGCUGUAGAAAUUGAUGAAACAAUCAUACCAAAAUGGUUAGUUGACCUAACACUUUAUAUGAUCAUUCCUUAUACUUUGGAGAGCCAAAGCACAAAAUUUCCUCGAAUCUUUUCACAUAUUUCUCUGCCAGCAUUUUAUCCUAAGCCAUAAGAAGUCUAAAUAAAACGGAGAAAAUGGCUCAUUUUCUGACUCUUUACAAACCAUAGUUUUAAUUCCAGUGGGAAACAAAAUUAGUGUUGCAUAUUGGUUAUUUUCAAAUAUUUACUAUACUGUUACAUUCACCAAGUCAUCUUUCCUCUUUGUUAAUUCAAGACUAUGUCCUUUACUAAGGAAACCUACAAGAAUGAGUGACAGGAUCAAGGUAGGGACAAAGUGACAUACCCAGAGUUUGCUUCUCAAUUCUUCUCCACCGGCAGACCCCCGAAGCAGAGGAGCCUGCAGGGGAAGGAGGCCUGAGAGCAAACUCAGAAGCAGCCUGCCACUGACAAAAUUUUGUAUUCUGACUUCAUAUUGUAAGUAAAUUUUGAACUGUCCUUAAGAAAACUUCUAACAUAGAAAUAUUAUCUUCAAAAAAAAAUAAAGAAAUGAUGUCUUCAAUCUUCACUCAAAAUGGCGCUGCCAGAAAGGAGCGCUGUGUUUAUCAUGUGGCCUGUCACUGUUCCCUCGUAACUUGCACUGCUCAGUCGCUGCAGGUCCCUGGGGGAUGUGCACACACUGACUUCAGUGUGAGACAAUGAGCGUAGCAUAUAUCGAGGCUAUUCCCUGCACUUUAGAAACUGAUCUUCUAAAUUACUAAUACUAAAUUAAACUGACCUGAAACAGUUAUGUUACCGUUGAACCUUAUUAUUUAGUCUGAGAUGCUGGCCAGUUUGUUCACUUUCACUUGUUGGCAUUCCUUGACUAAGAAGGACACCUAUCAAUUCCUGCUACCUAAGAGAGAGAGAGAAAGAAAAGAGCAGCCAUUUGUCUGUCAGCUCCCUGUGACCAAGAAGCAUGAUUUGUAAUUUUUCAUAUCCAUAUAUCUAAUGUUGUACCAGAUAUACAGUAUUUAAUUUAUUUUAAUAGGACUUAAGGGAUUUGUUUUAAGGAAGCAAAUAGCUUUUUAAAAUUAAAAAAAUUAAUUUUUCUCAUUCGGUUUUUUACUCUCAUUACUGAAAUUUAUAAGUAAUACUCAGUUUCUGUAGGGAGAGCAGAGCAUCUUUCUGCAUGGAAGUUGUAUGUAAUGCCUAGUAUUUUACAUCCAAAGCAAGCUGCUGGCCAGAAAGACAAAGCAAGAGUCCAUGCAGAUUUGAUGGAUCGCUAGUCUCGGUGUGAUUUUGAGCUUACUAAUAGUACCUUCCAAGUGAGUUAUAAUAAUUUAUACUAUUUGCUCUGUUUUUGCCCAAUGUUAUGAUUCAUCACGUGUCUUUAUAUUAAAAAGCAAGUCUGCUUCUGUAUAUGGUGAGGCCUUCUUCCUGUUACGGGCUGGAAUAAACUCUUAGUAUACAUCAUUAAAUAAGCUAGAUCAAAUAUAUAGUUAAGAAUUAAUUAUUUUUCUAAGUGUGUAGCAGUAGUUCAAAAUCAUACUCUUAUUUUAACAGUUUUUGUCAACUUCCCAUUUUUUUCUCUACAAAAAUACCAGGGUAAAUUAUAAACUACUGCCUGUGAGAAUUUGCACUUUAUGUAUUUGUGUGUGGAUUUCUUGUGGUUUUAGUCAAAUAAAGUGUUAUCAGUAAUAAACAGGUCUCUUUAUUGGCAUGA